ACGUUUUUUUGGCCGUCCUGGAGCCUGUUCUCUUCCACCUCCUCUCUUCUCCCCAUCCUACCUCCGCGAGCCGAUGUGCCGCGGCCGGUGCGCGCCGUGGGGAGAACGCGUGAGGCUGCGGGAGGAGGCGGAGGAGGUGGCGCGCGACACAGGUUAUGAGAACUCCUUCCUCCUAGUACUACCAUGUAUGCUGUAUAUAAACAAGCUCACCCCCCAACGGGGCUGGAGUUUUCCAUGUAUUGCAACUUCUUUAGCAAUGCUGAACGCAACCUUGUGGUGGCUGGGACUUCCCAGCUUUAUGUGUACCGCCUGAACCAUGAUGCUGAGACUUCAACCAAGAGUGAUAGGAAUGCAGAAGGGAAGUUACACAAAGAACACAAAGAAAAGCUGGAACUGGUGGCCUCCUUCUCCUUUUUUGGAAAUGUUAUGUCUAUGGCUAGUGUGCAGCUUGCUGGAGCCAAAAGAGAUGCCCUACUUCUCAGUUUCAAAGAUGCCAAGCUGUCAGUGGUAGAGUAUGACCCUGGGACACAUGACCUGAAGACUCUUUCACUACAUUACUUUGAGGAGCCUGAGCUGAGGGAUGGCUUUGUGCAGAAUGUACACACACCUCGGGUGCGGGUGGACCCUGAUGGGCGCUGUGCGGUCAUGCUGAUCUAUGGAACACGACUUGUAGUGCUGCCUUUCCGAAGGGAGAGUCUGGCAGAGGAGCAUGAGGGACUGGUAGGCGAAGGGCAGAAGUCAAGCUUCCUGCCGAGCUACAUUAUUGAUGUUCGGGCCUUGGAUGAGAAGCUCUUGAACAUCAUUGAUCUGCAGUUCCUUCAUGGAUACUAUGAGCCCACCCUCCUCAUCUUGUUCGAGCCUAAUCAGACCUGGCCAGGGCGUGUGGCUGUACGACAAGAUACAUGCUCCAUUGUUGCCAUCUCUCUGAACAUUUUGCAGAAGGUUCACCCAGUUAUCUGGUCCCUAACCAACUUGCCUUUUGACUGUACCCAGGCACUAGCAGUACCCAAACCAAUAGGUGGAGUAGUGAUCUUUGCUGUCAACUCCCUCCUGUACCUGAACCAGAGUGUUCCACCCUAUGGUGUUUCCCUCAACAGCCUCACUGCUGGCACCACAGCUUUCCCUCUACGCAUGCAGGAUGGAGUGAAAAUCACCCUGGAUUGUGCUCAAGCUGCCUUUAUAUCCUAUGACAAGAUGGUCAUCUCCUUGAAGGGGGGCGAGAUCUAUGUGCUGACCCUCAUCACAGACGGAAUGCGUAGUGUCCGAUCCUUUCACUUUGACAAAGCAGCUGCUAGUGUUCUUACCACCUGUAUGAUCACCAUGGAACCAGGUUACCUUUUUCUGGGCUCCCGUCUUGGGAAUUCACUUCUACUUAAAUAUACAGAGAAACUGCAAGAACCACCAGCCAGUGCUGCCCGAGAAGCCCCAUCACGGGAAGUUUCUGACAAGGAUGAGCCACCUGUCAAAAAGAAGCGAGUGGAGUCCACGCUGGGCUGGGCAGGUGGUGGGAAGUCAGCUCCCCAGGAUGAAGUGGAUGAAAUUGAGGUGUAUGGCAGUGAAGCCCAGUCUGGUACCCAGCUGGCCACUUACUCCUUUGAGGUGUGUGAUAGCAUCCUGAACAUUGGACCCUGUGCUAAUGCUGCCAUGGGGGAACCGGCCUUCCUGUCCGAGGAGUUUCAGAACAGUCCAGAGCCAGACCUGGAAAUUGUGGUUUGCUCGGGUUAUGGGAAGAACGGAGCAUUGUCUGUGCUUCAGAAGAGCAUUCGACCCCAGGUGGUGACAACCUUUGAGCUGCCCGGCUGUUAUGACAUGUGGACAGUCAUUGCACCCUUGCGCAAGGAAGAGGAUGAGACUACCAAGGGGGAAGGGGCAGAACAGGAGCCCAGCUCCCCAGAAACAGAAGAUGAUGGGAAGAGACAUGGCUUUCUCAUUCUUAGCCGAGAGGAUUCUACCAUGAUCCUACAGACAGGUCAGGAGAUCAUGGAGCUGGACACAAGUGGCUUUGCCACACAAGGUCCCACUGUCUAUGCUGGUAAUAUUGGUGACAAUCGAUAUAUUGUCCAAGUGUCGCCCCUUGGUAUUCGUCUGCUAGAAGGAGUGAACCAGUUGCAUUUCAUUCCUGUGGACCUGGGCUCUCCCAUUGUGCAGUGUGCUGUUGCUGAUCCUUAUGUGGUCAUCAUGAGCGCCGAGGGUCAUGUGACUAUGUUCCUUCUGAAAAGUGACUCCUAUGGGGGAAGGAACCAUCGCCUGGCUCUUCACAAGCCCCCUUUACAUCAUCAGUCAAAGGUGAUUGCACUCUGUGUGUACCGGGAUGUCAGUGGGAUGUUCACCACUGAGAGUAGAGCAGCUGGGCUCCGAGAUGAGCUGGGAGGUCGAGGGGGCCUGGAGGCUGAGGGCCUGGGACCAGAGAUCAGCCCCACAGUGGAUGAUGAAGAAGAGAUGUUAUAUGGAGACUCCAGUUCAUUGUUCAGUCCCAGUAAAGAAGAGGCUCGAAGGAGUAGUCUCCCACCUGCUGACCGGGACCCUCCACCAUACAGAGCAGAGCCCACCCACUGGUGUGUGCUAGUACGAGAGAGUGGGGCCAUGGAAAUCUAUCAGCUCCCAGACUGGCGCCUGGUAUUUCUAGUGAAAAAUUUUCCUGUUGGGCAGCGGGUGCUAGUAGAUAGCUCCUUUGGCCAGCCAGCCACACAGGGUGACACCAAGAAAGAAGAGGUGACAAGGCAAGGGGAACUUCCUCUUGUUAAGGAGGUAUUACUGGUUGCCUUGGGUAACCGCCAGACCCGUCCCUAUUUGCUGGUACAUGUAGACCAGGAACUGUUGAUCUAUGAGGCCUUUGCUCAUGACUCCCAGCUUGGCCAGAGCAAUCUCAAAGUUCGAUUCAAAAAGGUUCCCCACAACAUCAAUUUCAGGGAGAAGAAGCCAAAGCCAUCAAAGAAGAAGUCAGAAGGGGGUGGGACUGAAGAGGGUGCUGGUGCUCGGGGCCGUGUAGCCCGGUUCCGCUAUUUUGAAGAUAUUUAUGGCUAUUCAGGGGUGUUUAUCUGUGGUCCUUCACCCCAUUGGUUGCUGGUGACUGGUCGGGGAGCCCUUCGAUUGCAUCCUAUGGGUAUUGAUGGUCCCAUUGACUCCUUUGCCCCUUUCCACAAUGUCAACUGUCCAAGGGGAUUCCUAUACUUCAAUAGACAGGGGGAGCUUCGGAUCAGUGUGCUCCCAGCCUAUUUGUCCUAUGAUGCUCCCUGGCCAGUAAGAAAGAUUCCAUUGCGGUGCACCGCUCACUAUGUUGCCUAUCAUGUGGAGUCCAAGGUCUAUGCUGUAGCCACAAGCACCAAUGCCCUAUGUACCCGCAUUCCUCGAAUGACAGGUGAAGAGAAGGAGUUUGAGACAAUAGAGAGAGAUGAACGGUAUAUCCACCCCUUGCAGGAGGCCUUCUCUAUCCAGCUCAUCUCUCCAGUCAGUUGGGAGGCCAUCCCUAAUGCCAGGAUUGAGCUGGAGGAAUGGGAGCAUGUGACCUGCAUGAAGACAGUGUCCCUUCGAAGUGAAGAGACUGUGUCUGGCCUCAAGGGCUAUGUGGCUGCUGGAACAUGCCUCAUGCAGGGGGAGGAGGUCACGUGUCGAGGCAGGAUUCUCAUCAUGGAUGUGAUUGAAGUAGUUCCAGAGCCAGGACAACCACUGACGAAGAACAAGUUCAAAGUGCUGUAUGAGAAAGAGCAAAAGGGCCCAGUGACAGCUCUCUGUCAUUGCAAUGGCCACCUAGUAUCAGCCAUUGGUCAGAAGAUCUUCCUGUGGAGUCUUCGGGCCAGUGAGCUGACAGGCAUGGCUUUCAUUGACACACAGCUCUACAUUCACCAGAUGAUCAGUGUGAAGAAUUUCAUCUUGGCAGCUGAUGUCAUGAAGAGCAUUUCUCUACUUCGCUACCAGGAGGAGAGCAAAACCCUGAGCCUGGUGUCCCGGGAUGCCAAGCCCCUGGAAGUGUACAGUGUGGAUUUCAUGGUAGACAGUGCUCAACUUGGCUUUUUGGUGUCAGACCGGGACCGCAACCUCAUGGUGUAUAUGUAUCUCCCUGAAGCCAAAGAGAGUUUUGGGGGGAUGCGGCUGCUGCGACGGGCGGACUUCCAUGUGGGUGCCCAUGUGAACACGUUCUGGAGGACACCAUGCCGGGGAGCAGCAGAAGGGCCCAGCAAGAAAUCCAUUGUCUGGGAAAAUAAGCAUAUCACAUGGUUUGCCACAUUAGAUGGUGGCAUUGGGCUCCUGUUGCCCAUGCAGGAGAAGACGUAUCGGAGGCUGCUGAUGUUGCAAAAUGCCCUGACCACGAUGCUGCCUCACCAUGCUGGUCUCAACCCCCGUGCCUUUCGGAUGCUACAUGUUGACCGUCGAAUACUUCAGAAUGCUGUACGCAAUGUCCUUGAUGGGGAACUCCUUAAUCGUUAUCUCUACCUUAGCACCAUGGAACGUGGAGAGCUGGCCAAGAAGAUUGGGACCACACCUGACAUUAUUCUGGAUGACCUGUUGGAGAUUGAUCGUGUUACAGCUCAUUUCUAGUUACCUCUAUCCCAAAUACACACUUUUGGAUAAAACAGAGAUUUUGUUUUAAGGAA